AUGGAGGUGCCAUGGGCCGAUGGUUUUCACACCUGCGAUGGGAACCCCAUACAAAUGAACAUCCCCAAACAGAUGAAGCCAACUAACAACAAGAAAUUGGACAACUAUAAAAGAACUAUCUACGUAAUGUUUCUUGUGAACAGUUCCCAGUUCAUGAAGCACACCAAACGGCGGAAGCUGACAGUGGAGGACUUCAACCGAGCACUACGCUGGAGCAACGUGGAGUCUUGUAAUGUGCAUGUGUGCUGCCACGUUUCGUGGGAGGCCCUUCCUUUCCGUGCCAUCAAGGAGGGAGAACUUUAUUUCCAGGAGGAUCACGAAGUCAACUUGGUGGAGCUGGCUCUGGCAACCAACAUCCCCAAGGGCUGUGCUGAGACAGCUGUGAGGGUUCACGUCUCUUACCUGGAUGGAAAAGGGAACCUGGAGCCUCAAGGAUCUGUGCCUAGUGCUGUCUCGGCAUUGACUGAUGACCUGCAAAAAUAUUACCAGCACAUGACCCGGGCGGUGUUGGGGGAUGAUCCCCAGCUGAUGAAGGUUGCCCUUCAGGACUUGCAGACCAACUCAAAAAUUGCAGCCCUUCUGCCUUACUUUGUCUACGUUGUGAGUGGAGUCAAAUCGGUGAGCCAUGACUUGGAGCAGCUGAACCGCCUCCUGCACGUGGCCAAGAGCCUCAUCCAGAACCCCUAUCUGUGCCUGGGCUCCUAUGUCAAGAGCCUCAUCGCCAGCGUGAUGUACUGUGUCCUGGAGCCCCUGGCAGCCUCGAUCAACCCCCUCAAUGACCACUGGACUCUUCGUGACUACGCUGCAAUGCUCCUUGGUCAUAUUUUCUGGACUCACGGUGACCUGGUGAGUGGCUUGUACCACCAAAUCCUGCUUUCUCUGCAGAAGGUGCUGGCCGACCCCGUCCGCCCCCUUUGUUCCCACUAUGGGGCAGUGGUGGGGCUGCACGCCUUGGGCUGGAAGGCUGUGGAGAGGGUUCUGUACCCCCACCUUUCCACCUAUUGGUCCAACUUGCAAGCUGUGCUGGAUGAUUACUCCGUGUCCAAUGCUCAGGUGAAGGCAGAUGGGCACAAGGUCUAUGGGGCCAUUCUGGUAGCUGUGGAGCGUCUGUUGAAGAUGAAGGCACAGGCUGUUUCAGCACCGGUCCAGGCAGAGGGUGCAGGUGGGGAGGGACGGGCACGGGAAGGCUAUCCCUGGCUCAGCCCCCUCCAAGACCCCCAAGUGGAGUUCGGCUUUGGCAUCGCCAGCCACCUGUUGCAGCUGGGUAGCGGAGGCCCCCAGGCGGGCGUGGGCAUCUCUGCCAACCCGCCUGCCGUCUCUCUGAACGAGAUUUACCAGGAACUGUACUAUUUCUUUGGGGACAGCUUGGCCACCCGCUUUGGCACGGGCUCCGGGCUGUGUCCCACAGAACUUGUGCCCACGAGCGCUCCCAAGGUGGUGGACACUAAGAAAGAACAGCCAGCCUUUGGGACAGGGGACGCAGUUCGAAAGAUGCCCCAGCUGACCGCGAACGCCACCGUCAGCCCUCAGGAGGAGGAGAGCCCUCGAGGAGAUUUUGCAACCAGCCGGCCAGCCUUGCACCGUUCAGCCAGCCUGGCCCGGUCCCGGAGCGCCUCCCGCCAGCAGGGGCACCGGCCCGGCAUCCGGGAAGUCUUCCAGAAGUGCCGCUUCUCCCCGCAAGGAGCUCCUCGUUUCAGUUUUGUGAUUGCCGGGCGCCAGGUGGAGAGACGGUGCCAGGGCCGCCUCUUCCAGACCUGUUUUCUCCAGCACCACGGGCCCAGUCCCGUGUCCCGUUACGCCCAGAAGCUGCCCAUGAUCGGCAGGACCACCAAGCCUGUGAAGAAGUGGGCCCACUCCGAGUAUUCGCUGUACCUGCCUCUUUGAGGAGUAUCCUGUGUGCGCGCACCUCUGAACCAAGAGACUACCGCAGGCACUGAAUUUGGUCUUGAUCGUGCACUGUCAUGCCGUGAUCUCGCCACAAUCACCCACAAGGCAGUACUGUGGCAUCUGUUCCCGGGGAUUUUGAGGGAUUCUGUGUUAUUAGCGCUGCAUCUCCUGUUCUGGAAUUCCAAAGUAAUGUUGGCUUCUUCUUCCAAGGGACAUCCAAACUCCUUUUCCAAGCCCCUUCAAACAUGCCAGGUGGGAUUCUGCACUACCCACCUCCAGCUAAACUGUUUAACAUAAACUUUAUUGGGGGGGGAUGGGGAUCAUAGAGGUGGCUUGACCCACUACCAGUCCUUUGCCUUCUUCCUUAUUUAUUGGUUUACUGAACACAGGUACCUCCACUGAUGCUAAUAUCCCAAGUGUCGGUUACCUGUGACUCCCAAACCCAAAAGUUCUCCUUUCAGCAUCAAACUGCCCACUACAUUCCUGACUCUCUUUGCUGGUUAGUCGUGUGCCUAUGGGAAAUCAAGAUAUUUUGCCACAAUUUGCAUCGCUUAUUUAUAGUCUGCCUUUCUGACUUGCACCCCAUCCAUGAGCUGGGCGCCUGCCUGCCUGCGGUGCCAUGGCUGCACCUAGCCGCCACACCCACCCCCCCGCCCCCAAAGAGGCUUCCUGGGGACGUGGGGAAGCCAAAAAGCCUCCUUGCUACCAUGGAGCCUCACUGGGCCGCAACAGACUUACCCCAGCCAAAAGGCUGGCUUAAGUGUUGACUGUGGCCCGCUGGCAAAGGCCAGAAGGGAGUUGACUAAAGUUCAGCUCCAGCCCACCCCCACUACACCAGUGGUAAGGAUGCUGGGACAGCAGUCAGCGCCACGUUUCAGCGCUGGUGUGGGGGAGUAGCAACAGUGGCUGCACGCCAGUGGGAUCACCCCUCCACGCCAGUGGGAUCACCACUCAGGAAGGGCAAAUCCACUGGCUUGCCACUCCCUGCUUUGGAUGGGGCUUUGAGACUCAGAUGGAUUUACAGUGUCAAUCUUUACUCCAGCAAGCAAAAAGGGGUGGUAGAGUGAACUACAGCCUGCAGGUAGAGGAAUCUAACAGCUUUCAGCACACUAAAACUGCCUGUAAAUAGAAAGCUAGCAAGGCAGCCAGGGUUGGCAGGUAUCACCAUUCUCACUGUGCUGCUUUUCUAUCUACAGAGAGUUGUUAACAUAGGAUGGAUCCCUAAUGUGCUCCUUUCAGUAUCAAGAAACUGGUUUUCUUGAUUCCUUCGAGCUGACGUUUUUUGUGAGAUUCCUUCCAACUAUAGACCCUUCGGGCAUUUGUUUGUCUGAACGUGCCCUUUCGGAGUUUGAAGGCACUCCCAUGAAAACUGGGGAGGAAUUCCGCAUUGGUUUUUUGUUGUUUUUUUUUCUUUCUGGUGCUCAUCUUCUGACACUGUUUGUUGCCAGAGCAGGUGAACCGUUUCUUUUUUUUUUUUUGGCUCUUUUCAGUCUUGCAGGGUUUCUUUAACCAUUUAAGACCUUGCUCACAGGUUGCCCUGCAUGCAUUCCCUCCCCACCUGCCAAAAACCUCAUCUUUACAUGCCCUGGGUAAAGCCUGAUUUUCAGUUCCUGGAAUUGUCCUGUAAAGCCAGGUCUAAGCCUGAGAUGUUUGUUAAUUUUGGGAACCUGUUGAAUUCCUUAGUAAACGGAGGUGGGCCAAGGAUGCAAAGAAGUUAGAAGUUGAUUGUCGGAGGGGAGGCUAGCAGGCUGCAUAUUUCAACAGGGCUAGGAGCCUUUAAUAAAAAUAUUCUCUUUUUA